AUGUGUCUUGGAAAGGAAUUCAAACGAAACUUUACUUUUACCCAUAAUCCAUCGUGUACUCCCUGUGAAUGCAAUGAUUAUUGUAUAAGGCGAGCCACCUGUUGUCCCUCUAAGUUUUACAGACAAACAACUGCUCCAGAAUUUAUUGAAUAUCCCCCUAUUCUUGAUGAAAAAGAGCAAGGUCUUCCCUUGUCAUGUCUGGAACCUUUAUGGAACAUGGCAUCGGGAAUCAGGUCUUGGCAGUCGUACUGGAUGAUUCAAACAUGUCCAAAUGGUAGUAGCUGUAUGCCGCCUAUAUCAAGUAAUAUCUCAAAUAUCACACCUGUAACAUCUUUAAUAACAAAUGAAACGUAUUUCAACAUCAAUUGUGCUUUCUGUAACAAUGAACAAACAUUUGAUCUCGUGUUUUGGGAUAAGAAAAAGAUUUGCACCACUCGAUCUACUCUCAUGGCAACAGAUGAUCCAGAAAAUCUUUUUCAGUAUGUCUUUGCCAUUGAUCCAGUAUGCAACAUCGGUUUUUAUCCUUCAGAAUCUUCUCAAGAAAUUGCUAAAUCAUGCGUAACGCAUAAAUACGAUCCUUAUUUCAUAAGAGAGACAAUAGCCAAUGACUCUUACCUCCCUCAUGCCUGCCAGAAGUACCAUCUCCCCUACAAUUCCAAUGACAAAGUCUUUAAAAACAUAUACUGUGCGCUGUUGGAACAUGAUGCUAGUUUUCUUAAUAUUCAGUACAAACAAAGUGGAUCAUUUGGCGGAGUUGAUAGUAUGCUAACUACCUUUUCAGCCCUAAUGGACUUUAAUCAAAAUGAAAAAGAAGUGAUUACAAAGAACUCGAAAUGCAAACCAGAUGAAAUAUUUGACGAAAAAAUGGACAAGUGCUUGAAAAUUAGUUGUGAGGCAGAGUAUUUACGUUACAACUCAGAGUGCAAUCCAUUGUACCCCAUGCUCGAAGAGAACAACUACGAGUUAAAUCUGAAAGUAACACCUCUUUAUGACUAUGACAGAGAUGAAUUGCAAUUAUUCAUUCCUUCGGUCAUUCGAGCACUUCAAGAUGUCUUGUCACAUCAUAACAUGACUAAGUAUCUCUGUAGAAUCUCAGGCUUGAUCCCUUCUUCCACGAAUGAAAUGUUUCUUGCGAUUGUUAUAGAACUAUCGAUCAACCAUUUUCAUAGCUUUGACCAUAUGAUAGAAAAAUUAGUAAAUAUGUUUUCCAAUUUCAAUUUGACGUUAAAUCCUGAAUUCAUGCCACCAUUUCAUGGCUUAAUCUCUGUGCUCGGACAGAGUUUUCAUAUCUACGGCACUUCUUUGUUUAGUAGACUCAUUAAAAAUCGAUACUAUGUAAACCCAAUGAAUGGACAUAGAAUGGAAUUGCAUGAUAGCAUAAACAUGCUGAAUGAUAAUGAGUUUGACCCAGCGCGUUCACUUUGUCUCAAAGAUCAGAUGAUGGUCGUCGCAGCGGACUGGUAUCGCUGUCCAAAGGUUAAAAUAAGAACCACAGAUGCUAAACUAGACGUUUCCAAUUUCUCCGUAUGUCUUAUAGAGUACCAAUCCUGUUUUUCCUCAAAGUAUUUCAAGGAGUCUUUAGAUAAACGGGGUGUUGAAAUUUGCCUCAGUCAGUAUACCAAUGCAAUCACCCAGCCUAUCAGUCUAUUAUCGACCUCAGACGACCGCUUAAUGAAGUAUUUUUCAUUAUUUUGUCUCUCUCUUUCAUCACUAGCUUCAAUAGUAACUAUUCUUACAUUUGUUUUCAAUACUUCUCACAGAACACUUGCGGAUAUCAAUAUUAUUAUUUUAGCUGUGUUGUCAGUUUUGGCAAAUACGACUUAUACGUUCUCCAAAUUCUUUCUUUGGAGCAAAUAUCUUUGCAUUGGAAUAGGUAUGUUAGUUCAUUUCUUUUGGUUGUCUGUAAUAUGUUGGAUGAGUUUAUCUACCUUCCAGAUCUUUCAAACAUUUACGUCCUUCUCAACUGCACAGGUGAAAGUCAGGUCGCGGGUUCUUGCUUUCAUGCUGAUAGAUAUUUUCAUUUCUUUGGUCUUUAUUGCUAUCAAUGUCAUUGUGAGCUAUAUUGAAAGUAAUGGUGAGAGCUUUGGUUACUCUCCUAAUACCUGUUAUAUCGGUAACCCGAAUAUGAUCCUGUUCUCUUUCGCACUACCAGUUGGACUCUUUGUCUGCAUCAAUAUUUUCAUGUUUGUGGUGACUGUGUCCAGGAUUCGAGACAAAGUAACCAUUAGGAAGUCAAAGGAACAAGGGAAAAUGAGUGCUUACUUUCGGCUUUCUACCAUUACUGGUGCCGCAUGGUUGUUUGGUUUUCUGGCUCAAUUCACAGAACUCCAGUUAUUUUCUAUGUUACACACCCUUCUUAAUGGUGGUCAAGGUGUAUUUGUAUACAUGGCUUUUGGGCUGUCACUAAAUCUGAAAUGUCUGUUUAGUAAAUCUUCUCCAGGUACAGAAAAGAACACAGAAAGUGAAUCUAAAAAUAAAUCUAUAUAAAUAUUUUCCAUAAAUGAAUUUGUAGCAUUAAAGAAUCAGUGUAAAAUUU